AGCGGCAGACUCCCGCUGCCUUCUCCACCAGCCCACGCUGACCGGCUCCCAGGACGUCCUCCGCUGUCCCCUCUGCCACCAUGAGAAACAUCUUCAAGAGGAACCAGGAGCCCAUUGUGGCUCCUGCCACCACCACUGCCACCAUGCCUGUUGCGCCUGCCGACAACUCCACAGAGAGCACGGGCACCGGGGAGAGCCAGGAAGACAUGUUCGCCAAGCUGAAGGAGAAGUUCUUCAAUGAGAUCAACAAGAUCCCCUUGCCACCCUGGGCUCUGAUUGCCAUGGCUGUGGUUGCUGGCCUCCUGCUGCUCACCUGCUGCUUCUGCAUCUGCAAGAAGUGCUGCUGCAAGAAGAAGAAAAACAAGAAGGAGAAGGGCAAAGGCAUGAAGAACGCCAUGAACAUGAAGGACAUGAAAGGGGGCCAGGAUGAUGACGAUGCAGAGACGGGGCUGACUGAAGGAGAAGGUGAAGGCGAGGAGGAGAAAGAGCCAGAGAACCUGGGCAAAUUGCAGUUUUCUCUGGAUUAUGAUUUCCAGGCCAAUCAGCUCACCGUGGGUGUCCUGCAGGCUGCUGAGCUCCCUGCCCUGGACAUGGGUGGCACUUCAGACCCUUAUGUCAAAGUCUUCCUCCUCCCAGACAAGAAGAAGAAAUACGAGACCAAGGUGCACCGGAAGACACUGAACCCCGCCUUCAAUGAGACCUUCACUUUCAAGGUGCCAUACCAGGAGUUGGGAGGCAAAACCCUGGUGAUGGCCAUCUAUGACUUUGACCGCUUCUCUAAGCACGACAUCAUUGGGGAGGUGAAGGUGCCCAUGAACACCGUGGACCUCGGGCAGCCCAUCGAGGAAUGGCGAGACCUACAAGGCGGGGAGAAGGAAGAGCCGGAGAAGCUGGGUGACAUCUGUACCUCCUUGCGCUACGUGCCCACUGCUGGGAAACUCACGGUCUGUAUCCUGGAGGCCAAGAACCUCAAGAAGAUGGAUGUGGGUGGCCUUUCAGACCCCUACGUGAAGAUCCACCUGAUGCAGAAUGGAAAGAGACUCAAGAAGAAGAAGACAACGGUGAAGAAGAAGACCCUGAACCCUUACUUCAAUGAGUCCUUCAGCUUCGAGAUCCCCUUUGAGCAGAUCCAGAAAGUCCAGGUGGUUGUCACCGUGCUAGACUAUGACAAGCUGGGCAAGAACGAAGCCAUCGGCAAGAUCUUUGUGGGCAGCAACGCCACAGGCACGGAGCUGCGGCACUGGUCCGACAUGCUGGCCAACCCCCGACGGCCCAUCGCCCAGUGGCACUCUCUUAAGCCCGAGGAGGAAGUGGAUGCCCUCCUAGGCAAGAACAAGUAGGCGGCAGCAGCUGGGGCCACAUGCCCCCCCAGGACACUGACAAGAUCCAGAGCUAUCAAUACCUCAGUUAUGCGACCUUAGAGGUUUCUUCAUUUGUUUGCAGUGUGUCCUGUUUUCCCUUCCUUUUUCUCUUUUUAAAGACCAACUUCCUUUUGGUGGCUGCGUGAAGAGUCCCCUAAGACAUGAAAGAGAAGCCUGGCACUGUUUGUUGUCCCAGGAGCUGUCCUUGUUGCAUGCCAUCAGGGUUUCCCCUCACUAAAUCAAGGCUUCACACAGGUCUCACUCCAAGUGAGGCCCUCUACUGGCAGGAAGCAGGUCCUGCUUUCCUGGGUUUUGGACCAACAAAAUGGCAAGCACAUUCUGUUUCUUGACUGUGAAGGCAACACAAUGGCCAGCAUUGUAUGUGUGUGUGUGUGCGUGCGUCCAUCCAUUCCCCACCUGUCUCUGUCUUUGAGUAUCUCUCUUCAUUUCUGGACUGAGCCAUCGACAAGGAAGCUGUGUGAGGGCAGAAAGUCUUCAGGGACUGGAAGGUGAAGAUAGCCCACUGCCUAAGUGGGAGGCCUGUCAGCAAGUGAAGAAGCCUGGUCAGAUGACAGGAGCUCUCAUAGUCCUUCUGAGAGGACAUGUGGAAGGCAGCAAGAUGUGGUACUGGAUGUGUUCAGAACCGGACCAAAGCCCUUGAUGCUGUCAUACACUUCCUCUUGUCAGUCAUGGCUUUCCCUAGGAGUGAGGUUACGGGUACAUUCAUGGAAAUAAAUUAUUCACUAGAUUGUUUGGACUCUACCAGGGACUGCCAGGCCCAGAAUAGUGUUCUUGUUGACAUCAAGCCCUGAAGAAACAGAAGUCCCAUUACUCAGCCUGGAACUAAGCUCCUGGAUUGUUGCCUCAUCCAGUGGAGAACAGAUGCUUCCUCCCUCUGCAGAGUACAAGCAACGCGUUCAUUUGCAUUCAUGCACCAUCUUGCUUUUUGCUUCUGUUUCCCUUUUUGUGUAAGUGGAAAAAUACUGUCUGAAGACAAGUGCUCUGACAGAGCCAGAGAUGUGUUAGAGGAAGGCCUGAGUGUUUAGUUCCCUUGAGGUCCAGGUAAGGAGGAGGUGGCAGGAAGGGCAGCAUGGGUGGACAGUGGUGAGCUAGGCAGAUGUGCUGCGCUCCUCACAGCUCCCAUCCUGACCCUCUGGACCCUUCUGCCCCCCCUGCUGGUAGCCGGAGUGGCCCAGGCAGACCUGUGGAGAGUCCCCAUCCUUCCAUUCCUUCAAGGCUCUUUUCUCUGAAUGCCAGGAAGGACAGGGCAUUCAUUUCAAAUGGGCGGUGGGGGAAACCUGCUAGAGUUUCUAUCCGGUGUUUGGUUUGUGCUCCCUUCCCUGUUUUCUCUACUUGUCCCAGCAUUGAUAAAAGCCAUAUAUAUGUUAGUCAGGCUUGCACUGAGCGCCCUUCUGAACCCUCAGCCUGGGCAGGGGAGUUAGGCCCCAUGUAGUCAGAGACUGCUGCUUUUCCUUGGUCUUGCUUCUGUCCAUGAAUCUCUCAGGCCCCUGUUUUCUUACCACAGAAAAUAUACAGCUUUCCUGAAGCUUGGGGGUUUCUCUCUUCAACAGCAAAUAUGGGAGAGCUGCUCGACGCCAUCUGGGCCCUCCUGCUUCUUGUAGGUCUGAGAGCUGGGUGGUGGUGUAGUUUAGCUUUGAGGCCUCCCAGCCUGAAGGAGGCACAGAGUAUCCUUUCAUUUCAAUGAAGACGGGGGAUAUGUGGGUUGGCUUUGCUGUGGUCUUUUGGUCUAAGUAGGGAGUGAGGUAACCAGACAUAGGCUGUGAAGUGAGGUUUGGUCAGCCUGUCUUUUAGGACCCUUCUGCUAUUGGCCCUUAGUACGUGGGAAGUUGUAGAUCUUAUACAUACACUCUGUGUGUGUUUAUGCCAAACACCGGAUGGCAGGACUCUGAGAGGAUUAUGGGUUGCAGUAUUGUAGUCCGUGGGACCAGAAUUCACGUCAUGGUGGGAGAUUAUCAGGCAAUAGGGCACACUCACAGUCCAGACGGUUGAAGAGUCGUAGGGUCCUGGUAUGGAUAUCAGAUGCCAGUGGAUUCUUUUCUGUGGAACUUUGGUGCUUUCCAAGGUCCCUCCCCGCUAUGGCUCUUCUCAUCCACAUUCCAUAAACCUUACUCACAGAAACUCCCCUGUCAAUCUUCCCCUUCUUCCUGUAUCCUUCCCGCCUUUUCCAGUCCACCUUUUAAGUCCUUGGGCUUCUCUCUGAGCCUCAUUCAGUCUUGGAUAGCCCAUGGUUCUCCUGCACUGCUGACAGGAGAGGGACAGGCUGGUUGGCGCCUCUGUGCUUUGAACGUCCCUGGGCUUAGAGACAGGCUAGAGCUCAUUACUGUGGGCAGCCCGCCAGACCUUUUUGACUCUGAUCACCAGUUCAGCCAGCAUGGGUGCUGGGAGUGGUUCCUCCCCAGGCUUAGGGCUGGUCCCUGACAGCCACCCAAGCAGAUGGCACCUGUCCAGGCCCAGGGGCGUGGCAGGAACACGUUGAGGCUUAAGUUUGUUUGCAUUAGGGGAGCUGAUGUGACCCAGAGCCCAGCACUGCAUUUCAAACCUUCACUGCCACAGGGGUUUAUUUCUGGGUUGGCAGGGUCCUGGGGCAUCCGCGCUAAGUAGACAUAGUGUUUCUGGCUGCUGAGGGGUUCUCAAUUCUUCUGUGGCUAGAAGUGUGAUCCAAAGAGAAGAAAGUCCUUAGUGGAGUUUUGUUUUUGUUUUUCUUCUAGAGGGGGUAAGACUAUAAAUGCCCAAACUCCACUCCGGAUGUGGGGGCACGAGCCCUCCUUAAAUGAUCCACCCAGAAGCGAAGCAAGCUCCGCAGUGCUGUGGGUAGUUUUUGAGACUUAGCAAUGAAGGUUGUGGAGUGGGGAGCACCCAGCUCAGCAGGUGCUUGGAAUGAGCAUGGGUGAGGCCCAGCCCAAGAGCCUGGUCGUUCUUCUCCCCAGGAAGCCUUGGUUCUGUAGAAGUAGUCUGGGGUAAUUUUGCUGGCCCCAGAUACAGUGAGGGAGGU